AAUUACAAACUUAAAACAUCAAAGAGCAUGGCAUGGAGCAGGUAGAAUGAACGCAAAUAACCAUUGGAAUGGUUUCGAGACAGAGAAGAGAAACAAAUCAUCAACACAAAAGGACUAUAAAGAAAGAAACAGAGUCAGAUGGCUUGUUGAAUGAGGGGAAGGAAGAGAGACUUGCCUUGUUGAAAGCCACUCGAAAGCAACAUGGAAGAAAUCAGAGAGCGAGAAAUCUAAAGGCCUUGAAGCCUUCGAUCUUUGCUUUAAGAAGCUCUUAUUGUUUCUCUACUGGUGCAGCUGAGCCUUCUUCAAGCCUACCUAGCCCUCCGAGAGUCCCCAAUCUUAUUGGAGGAAAAUUCGCUGAUUCGCAAUCAUCGUCAACCAUUGAUGUGAUAAAUCCUGCAACACAAGAAGCCGUGUCACGGGUUCCUUUGACUACGAACGAAGAGUUCAGAGCUGCAGUCUCUGCAGCAAAGCAGGCUUUUCCGGCGUGGCGUAACACGCCACUUACGACUCGUCAGCGUGUCAUGCUCAAGCUCCAAGAGCUUAUCCGUAGAGACAUUGAUAAGCUUGCGAUGAAUAUUACUACUGAACAGGGGAAGACCUUGAAGGAUGCUCAUGGAGAUGUGUUCCGUGGGCUAGAGGUGGUGGAACAUGCUUGUGGAAUGGCGACUUUGCAGAUGGGUGAGUAUGUCCCUAAUGUGUCAAAUGGAAUUGAUACCUUUAGCAUCAGAGAGCCACUUGGUGUAUGUGCUGGGAUUUGCCCUUUCAACUUUCCAGCAAUGAUUCCCUUAUGGAUGUUCCCUGUUGCCGUAACAUGUGGUAACACCUUUAUUUUGAAGCCAUCGGAGAAAGAUCCUGGUAAGGAUUACCUUGUCUAUAUUUUGUGCAUAAUAUUUGGAGCAUUAUCUCUUCAAGGUACCAGCGUGUUAAAUUCAUAGGUUAGAAAGAUACUUUCUAUCUUCUCUAGUCAUAUAUAUGUGAUAAAACUUUGUUUAGAAGCUGGUUACCCUGAAAAUAAAAUAGCCUCCUAUGAGUAUUGGAAGAACCUUUAGCUCAGAAUUGUAGGACUUCCCAUCAGGUGACCCCUUUAAGCCAAUAAUAUAAGUGUUUGGAAGCUUGAAUUUAGUAUGUCAGAUUAUGUGCUCUUGUCAUAAGUGGUGUUUGCCUUCCUCUUUUUCCUGUUGAAGCUAGCUGUCCACUUUGAACAGUUAAUGGAAAUUGUUCAAUUAUUUCAAAAUUGUCCUGCUUUAUUAUAGGUUUUUUUCUCUUAAUUUUUUUAGUAAUGCAAAGAAACAUAGUUUUGAAAGUUCUGGAAAAUUCAGUAAAACAGUUUGGAACUAAAGCAGUCCUUGCAUAAAUGUUCACUAAUCACAGGUCCAAUUCCAUUUAUAUUCUGCACAAAAUAAUCAAUCAUCUUACUUUUAUUUGUAACAGUAACUUCGUUUUUGGUGUUGUAACAGGUGCUUCUAUAAUACUUGCUGAGUUAGUGAGAAGGAGAGAUAGAGGGGAGAUUGAAAGGUUAUCUCGGUGAUAAUGCCGUGGAUGAUGAACUUUAGAUACUGUUGAAUUCUACCAUCAGUUCGAAACAAAAAUCUCAGCAUUCGUAAUAGGAUGGUACAUAAUGAAAUGCAACCCAUCAUUAUUCUGUAAGAACUUGGAUGAUGUUGAAUAAUCGAAAACAAACCUUAAAAGAAGCAAUAAUAUUGUUGGAUAAAAACUGGGUUAGGCUAAUUGAUAACAGUAAUCGUUGGAGAAUGUCUGAUAAAAUACACGAAUUGGUUUGAGCAGCUGCAUUACUUGUACCCAUAUCAUGACAUUUUCUUCAUUGCCUAGGAGUAGUUUUAGAGAGAACUGGCAACCUCCUCCUAACAAUGGAUAUUAGCUAGCGAGCAUUAAUCAUUUCUGAUUUCCUGUUUGUAGCGAGCAGGACAACACUUUACUAACCUUUUGCUACACUUAUAUUGUGUUAUUUUGUGUCUUCAAGUGCUUCUCUGUUUUGUUGUUCUCUCUGAAAAUGUUCGUUCCUAGCUUUGCAGGUGCUGCUACUUCUGCAGCGGGUCUCCUUUCUUUCUAGCAAGUAUAUCUGUUUAGUUUUUUCCCCAGAACAAUAACUUUACGUAUUAAUUCAGUGCGUCACUAGAUCAUUUGACACAUACACUGUACGGGUAGGAUAAUUUUUUAAUGUAAAAAAAUUGCUCUGUUUAUUGCUCAUAUUUUUUUUAUAUUACA